UCGCCGCUGGCGGCGGGCACCAUGAACGAGGCGGUGGUGCGGCGGACGCAGGAGGCCCUGGGCCGAGUGAUCCGCAAGCCGCCGCUGACGGACCGGCUGCUGAGUAAGCCGCCGUUCCGCUAUCUGCACGACGUGAUCACCGAGGUAAUUAGAGUGACAGGAUUUAUGAAAGGACUUUACACAGAAUUUGAAAUGAAAUCAGAAAAUGUUAAGGAUAAAGAUGCCAAAAUCACUUUCCUUCAGAAGGCAAUUGAUGCUGUUGUGAUGGUGACAGGAGAGCCACUGUCAGUAAAACCAGCACGUGUUGUGGCUGGGCAUGAGCCUGAAAAAACCAAUGAGUUCCUUCAAGCAAUUGGAAAGUGUUGCUUAAAUAAGCUGUCCAGUGAUGUCGCUGUAAAAAGAAUCUUAGCUGGGGAAAGAGCUGAUGCUAAAGGGAAACCUCCGCCCUCUAAAUCUCGAGAUAAAGAAAGCAGAGAAUCCAAACCAGAGGAACAAAAAAGCCACAAAGAGGGUAGAGGAGGUGCUGAAAUUAAAGACAGAAGCUCAAGCAGAGACAGAAAACCCAAAGGAGAUUUGAAAGACAGUGAAGAAAGAGAAAAGGAAUGCGAUAAGCAGAAGGAUAAGGAAGACGGGCACAAAGACCCCAAAAGAGACACCUUUAAGGAAGGAAAAAAUCAAGAAAGGGAAGGAAACAAAAGUAGAACAACCGAGCAAGGAAGCGAAUUAGAAAAAAACAAGGGAAAAAGAGAUGAUAUAGAGCAAGAUGAUGAUCUUGAGUAUGAUAAAGGACAGGAAAGAGAGAAAAAAAAUGGAGGAAGAGAAAAGGACAGACUGAAAGAAAGAGACAAAGAUAAGGCUAGGGACAGAGAACGAGAGAAAGACAGAGAUAGAGGAAAACAUCGGGAAAGGGUUAGACAAAAGAACAGAGAAAAAGAAGAGGAGGAUUUAAGAGAUCAUGGAAAGUAUAAAGCAGAGAAAAAGCCUACAGGUUCUGAGGAAUCCACACCUAGAAAAGCGCAGAGGCCAACUAAGGACAGCAAGUGCCAGCCGGAUAAUGAGAGUGAAAGUGCUGCAGGAAUAUCAAGGCAGCCUUCAGCAAAAGGAUCAAAGCCACACACCAAAUCUGGAGGAGAAGGAAAUGUUGACAUGAAGAGUGUGACAGGUGGGAUUUCAGAAGACAAUGUCGUUAAGUUGCAAGAGAAAGCUGAUUCAGAACUUGCAAUAAAGCAGAAAGAAGGAAAACUGGAGAAUGUGGCUCCUGAAAAUCCUGCAGUGUCUGAAGUACCUAAUGAUCUUCCCCCUCAGCCCAUCCAAAGGCAUAUUCCCCGUCCCAGCAGUGCAAGACCAGCACCACCCCGAGUAAAACAUCAAGAAAGCACAGAGCCCUUAGUUCCAGAAAGGAGCGGUAGUGGUAAAACAGUCUCAAACGUGAUCAUAGACCAGCUGGUUUCUGAUGAUGAUGAGCAGUUUGUGGUGGAGGCAGAACUGUUGCUGCCAGAAAUGCCAGAUCUGGCAAAGGAGCCAGAAUUGGAGCUGAUUGAGGGUCAAAAGCAUGGUGGGCUUGUAAAAAGAAUCCUAGAAACAAAGAAAGAUUAUGAGGUGUCACAGAAAUCAGCAAAGAUGACAGAGAGGGAGAAGCCCUUUGUAUCGGAAGCAGCUAGGAAGAAAGAGAGAGACUUGGUAGCCAAAGAAAUUGAGAAAUUUCAGGUGUCUAUUCAGACUCUGUGCCAGAGCGCCCUUACACUUGGCAGGAUCAUGGAUUACAUCCAAGAAGACAUGGAUGCCAUGAAGAACGAGUUGCAGAUGUGGCGGCACGAGAACAGGCAGCACGCAGAAGCUCUACAGAAAGAGCAAAGCAUCACAGACAGUUCUAUAGAACCAUUAAAGGCUGAUCUGGCUGAAAUGGAACAGUUGAUUAAAGACCAGCAAGACAAGAUCUGUGCUGUAAAAGCUAAUAUUUUAAAGAACGAAGAAAAAAUCCGGAGGAUGGUUCUUAGCAUAAACCUGUCUUCAAGGAGGUGAAGAAGAGAGGGGAAAAAACCAGCCUUGGGACUGACUGAUAUUCCUACCAAGUAAAAGCUAGGAUAUGCCUCGUUUAGAUAUAAAAUGUUAAGGAACAAAAGUCUCAAAACUGUAUAAAAUGACAUUAUUGCAUUGAUUCUGAGAUGCUUAUAUUACCCAACUUGGCUUAUUUGUUUAGCUGUGACCACUUGUUACUGGGCUGACCAGGUCUUCACAGCUGUCUGGCCCUCCCUGGCCUGAUGAGCACAGUGUCUGGGCCACUUCUCUCUACAUCUCCUCAUCCUUGUCAUUUCCACUGAGGUUACUUUUGAACAGCUGUCAUGAAAAAUAG